AUGAACACCGUGACGAGGGCACUGGGCUCAUCAUCCCCUUUGUCCCGUGCCCUUCUGUCGGACCUUGGCAAAGGGGCUCUAAGACACUACUUGCGCAGCACUGAUGUACAAAUUGCUUUUGAUACUGAGAUUGUUCCGCUUUGGCACAAACUGGUUUCUACUGCGAGAAGCCCCCAAGUGAUUGAUAAUCAUGUCACUGUGGCAUCUAACACUCUCUGCGUGUUUCUCAACGAAGGGAUCUUGAGUGAGGCCCCGAAAUUCAAGGAUUUCGUGUUAUCGAAAGAGUCAUGGUGGGACGCCUUUCAGUGUACCCACAAAGCAUUCGAUGAUGGCAAGACCAAGCCGGCCUUUCAAUUGCUGGAGACUCUCUGUAAUCUACUGCAACACAUGACAGACGAUGUUGCCGAGGAGUUACUGAUCAGGUCUGCGCUGCCACUCCUCACAACGGUGGUAUUAAGCACCCCUCGAUGCGACUCAAAGAAGGCCUGCCUCAUUUUGUCGUUGUUCAUUCGGAGGACUCCACUGAGAGAUCUGUUGCCUUCACUUACUGAGCGAAUAAUGGAAGAGAACAACUCAAGAUGGACCUACCGUCUUUUGUCUCAUAAUAUAUCAGACGAUGAUAUUUCAAGCUUGGGUCAUGGAAGCAUGGCCUCCUUUUUCUGUGCUUUGAUAUUUACCAUGGUAGAUCUUGACACGAGAGCGUCUGCUUUGAAGUUGUAUUCCAACUUGUGCAGCUAUCAGUCUGACAAUCCCGCUUCGUCUGACUGGCAAGGUACGGGUGGGCACGCUAUCAAGCUGUUCCUUGACCGAAACCAUGCCACCUUGGGUUAUUUUUCUGAGAAUGUACUCCCGGUCAUUCUUAAUGAUAAGGCAAGGUUCCUUGUUUUCAUUGCGCCAUAUAUCGGAUCCUGUCGAGAGGAUGAUACCAAAAUGUCCGUAUUUCUCGCAGCACUCAAAGUUGGUCGACUAGGGAACAUAUUAUCGGAGGAUGGUAAGCAAAUCUCGUGGUCUGAUUUACCUACCAACUGCGGAGUUCUAAUGGCGAUUCUAGAGAUAUUGGACAUUCUGAACGUGGCGAUUCCCGAUUCAGCCCUACAAGGCAAACAGGAAAAUAGAUACCAACCAUUCAGACAUCUACUUAUGGGUGCGAGCUCUGAGUUAAGGAUUUUGACUUACGGCCUGUUGACAUUAUCGCCAGCGGCAAACACCGUUGUGCGUCGAGGUGCUCUGACAUCUGUGUCUUGUAGCAUCAAAUACCUGCAUGACGACGCUGAUGCUCAUGAAAGAGGUGAAAUAUUAAGCAUCACGAGAAGACUCCUGAAACGAAUCUCUUCAAGUCUUGCAGCUGUAUUGAAGUCAAUGCCAAAUAAAACAAUGUCCGGGGAGACCGCCGCCCUUCUAGCAGACUAUCGCGGCUUCUCCGUCACUUUCUAUGAGUUCACCAAGUCUGAAUUGGGUGCACAUGUCUCUUACCAACGACAUAUCCUCGGCCUGCAUUCCUUACGCUAUUUAAUUGAUCAUGUGGUAGAUCCCGAGAUAUACCGAAAUGAUGUUAUGCUUAUAAGGUCACUUACAAGUCUGGUACUCGAUCCCUUCGAGGAUGUGAGAAACACUUCCGCAUCAAUUUUACAGCUUUUAAGCAUAAAGAUGCCGAGAACGGUGACGGAAGUUAUUGAUGGCAAGUUGAUUGCCUCAGUGAGCCUCCUAGCAGUUCAUACAGUCAGAGGGGAUCACGCUCACGGACUGGGGAGAUUGUGGGCGUUAUAUAAUACUUUUCGCACCAUGGCUUCUGCCACUGCAAAUGCUCAAAACUCAAGCGCCGAUCCCUCUAAGCUUACAAACUUGCUACACCCCCUACGACUAUCACUCUCUCAGACAGUGAUGCUAGGUUCAAGCUCCAGGUUCCCAAUACAUGGAUCUCUACUGUCUCUCAGCUUUCAGCUCCAGGACAUGAAGUCUCAAGAAGCUUUGAUAUUGUCCACUGAUCUGUCGACAGUUCUUGAAGUGUGCAUCACGAUAUGGGCAACGGUGAGAUCAAUCCUUUGUGUCGAUUCUCCAGAGACUGCGUAUGAAGUAGAGGAUGACGAUGGCAAAGAAGGCCCAAAGGAUCUACUUGCUUACUCAUGGAGAGCGCUUCGAGACUCCAGCCUACUCAUGCAGUCAUUGUUGGCUGUUAUCAAGUCUGACUCGGCACUUCAUUCUAUGAUUGGAGAUGUCUGUGUGGAUCAGUUGAUCUCACUUCGGCAUCGUGGAGCCUUUUCGACAGUCGCUCAGACUUUUAGCAUGUGUUGCGAUCGUGCUCGUCUAUCCCCUGAGAAGGGCAUACGCCUUCUUGUUGAAAAGUGGUACAAGGUAGCACUAUCUCAAAUUGACGAGCAGGGCGAUCGCUUGACGCGCCGUUCAGCGGGACUGCCGGCAAUGUUUUCAGCAUUACUUAGUCCUGCAGAUUCGUCCUUCUUCUCCUCGGCGGUACAAGAGCUCAUUGCCUUGGCCGAAGCAAGGACUGACCAUAAUCAAGAAAGGGAGCAGAAAUUGCCGCAAGUACAUGCUCUCAACUGUUUGAAAGAAAUAAUGACCCAUUCGAAAUUUGCGGCUAUUGUCGUACAGUUCCUGAACCCAAUUCUGGCACUUUCUGCAGCAAGCUUGUCCUCCCCAAUCUGGGCUAUACGCAAUUGUGGGUUGAUGUUGUUGAAAGCAUGCAUCAAUCGUCUAGACUCAAGAGGUUCCGAAGAUACCUCUUGCUCGAUCUCCGAACGACUCGACAAGGAUAUAGGCGAUACGCCCAGCAGGAUUGCUCUGAAUCUUCUGAGCACGGUAGAGGGACAUACGAAAUCAGGCACUGAGCCUCGAGCUACAUCAGCGGAGACUAUAUUUUCGGCUUUAGACCUACUGGGCCACUCAAUGCCCCCCAACAUAAAGAACUACAUCAUCGACAAUGCAAUCCAGCAUCAUUUGCGUCAUUCAAACUGGGCCGUCAGAGACCAUGCGGCUUUGCUUCUAUCCAAGCGCCUGUCUGUCAAAAAGCUCUCUCGCGCCAUGAGAGAUCUCCAGGGUGAAGCAGAGUCGAAUAUGUCUCAAAAUCUUGCUCAUGGUAUCUUGCUCUGCUUCAGAUAUAUGUUGCAUGAUCUGCAGAAUCACCUGAACAACAAGGAACUGGACGAUGCACUUUCAGAGCUCGAGAAGUUUAGGGUAACUCUGGAAAAUGCCACAAUAAUGUGCCCUUACGUCGAAGCUGCAAUCUUUGACCUUUUAAAUGAUGCGGCCGCCCUCAUCCUUGAAAAUGGGUGGAGUUCAGAGGAAUUGGUUACUCUAUUCGUCAAAGACGUAAUACCAACAGGUCAGCUGAAAUCUGGCCAUUGUUCAUACCUUCAACGGCGAUUGUUACUCUUCCAAGUUUAUACCCUUUUUCUCACCAGCAAGUCGACAUCGUCAAGCUCAGAAGAGUCGAUGCUUAUUGACGUCUUGGUCUCAAACCCUGAAUCACUGAGUUAUUUGUUGGAGAUCCUCAUCCAGAAGAGAUUUUGGCCAAAGGCACCUCAUGGUGUCCUAUUCCUUGUGUAUCUGAUGCGAAGGAUCCAGGAGGCGGAUUGUGUCCCAUCGGAUACUGUUGCAACUGUGACCCGUUGCUUGGUUGAUGCACUUGAUCAGUUAAGCACACCAGCUCUUCCGGCCUUAUAUUCAAUUCUAGGCAUGGUCGACCUAUCCAAAUCAACAACACGAGAUGGAACGAACGCCGCUAUAAGGCUUGAAGCAUAUCAGCGUUUCGCUGCGACAACAACCUUGAAGAAUCAGAAGCAUUCUAGUACACAAUUUCUCGGCUGGGUUACGAUGGUUGAGUUUGCUUCGAUGGAUCCCCUCGACUUUCCUACUAGAUGGAGUGCAGCUAGGGCUCUCUCAACUUAUUUUCGACUUGUCGGCCGACAGCAACCGGACACCACCCAAUCCGUUCAAGGAUGGCUGCGACCGAAGGUCAUUUUGUAUAGUUUGUUGAACGAUGACGACGAUGAUGUCAGGGCAGAAGCGGCUUUGGCAGCAGCAGGGUUACUACAGCAAGACCAAAGACAGUAUGCCUCAGGCUUUGCUACAAUUGCCGCAAGAGAACUACUUCUGAACAACCUUGUGCAAGAGCAUGGCAAGACUGCUGAGUUCGCAGAGUGUGCAGUAAUGCGUAUCUUGCUCUUGCGACAGAAUAUGGCUGAGAGAUCUGGCAUCUUGAGCCUGACGGAAUGUUUCGCCAUUCCUGUGCAGUCAAAGAUCCACAGAUUGUUACUUGCAAAAGAGGAUCUCUUCGCCGAGGAGAGCCAAAAUCUCUACAUUGAUGAUAUUGAAGAAAUCCAUGUCUGGAAUGGAGUUUUACGUGGGUGUGUCGAUGAGCUCACACCAGAGCGAGUUGGCCUUAUUGCUGGGUGGUCUUUGGAAGGGCUCCGCUCCAUUCUGGAUAUCCUUCGAGACUACAUGAGCACAACCAAGGCAGAGGGGGGUUCUGGACAGGGUGAAAAGCAAACGGGUCAAGCCUUACAGGAAACUGGUGCAAGGGGGCCUACCAUGCAUCCGUUGGGACCGACAUACGAUGCAGAUCUACUAGUUGUCUUUGUGCAAGUCAUCAGUCUCGCCGGUACUGUUCGCUCUCGAUCCAGCGACAUUGCUCGGGAGCAAAUUCUUGAACAGUUGAAAGAGGCACAACAACUUUGUCGUGAUGGGCAGGUCAGUGAAGUGUUUGUCACUGUAUUAAGUGAAGCACUGGCAGGAACAUGA